ACAACACCCCCUAAUGCAAGGGAAACAGUGCAACAGAAGGCAUUGUUUUGGCUCUUGAAUAUAUAUCCAAACUUUAAUCACCUGCGGAUCUAGAGAUUUUCGCCUGAACGCAUGCACAAUCAUGCUUCGAAGGAGCUCGAGCUGCUUGUUUUGCCUGGUCAUCCAUCCUAUCAAUACUAUAUACUACUGCUACUUGCUUGCACCUAUUACAGGCCUCUCCUGAUAUCAUCAAGUAUCGAGUUGACUAUGGGUGAUAUACAUGACAGAUGACAUGUAGACGUCACGCAGCGCUGAAUGCCUCUUCCUACAUUUAACCACGUCUCAACCUAUAUACAGUUGUGAUAUAGAAAGUGCCAGUCUGGACUGGCCACUAUCAGGACAAGCAUGACAAGAACGAUAUGUUCUUUCUCGGCUGAUUUCCUUUGCAAUGUUUAUUGCAAAAGUUUUCCUUAUUUUGGAAAGAGAAACUGCCCUACCAUUAUAUGCGAGGAUGCUUGGGUUCCUUCCCCUGUCAUGCUCUGCUAAACAGAUGCUAUUUACGCGGUUAUUUUGUUCUAUCUGCCAUUUUAAGUCUCCUUGUGUCAACUCAAGGGGAAUGCUAUUUAUUUCGUACUGAAGUGUUUGAACAGACCCAGCUCACUCUUUGCUCCCCUAGUUUGGUCCGAGUCAGACAGGCUCUCACAUUUCUUUCUCCUUAUUUGACUUAGACUACUAUUUAGAUUUGAAAGAGCUAUAGUUUCUCUAUAUUGCGUGUUACAAUGGUUUUCAGUCCAUGUCCUCGCAGUCAGCGAUCGAAGGGGCCAGCAUCUACUGCUCAAGGCACCUCGCCUCCUGAUGAUCGAGCCCAAGAUCUUCCCACCCGACCAAGUUCCACCGCUAUGGGUAAUCUAAGUGAGGAAAGACUUGCCCUUGAGGCAAUUUUCCGUUCUUCCACACCCCAAGCGGGGAACGCUGAGGCAGAUAUUAUUCCUGAAGCCCAUCACCAUCCACGGACCGCGGCCAAUCGAACGAAACAAGUCUACCCCAAGGCCAGCCGGAUUAGUUUAAUUCAGCUAUCUCAUAAGAUUCGAAGGAAACUCUCUAGGGAAUCGACGAUGCCGAAAAAAUCUUCCACAAAAUUCAAGGAACGUGGACAUACGCUCCAAAAUGGUGACCAAAAUGUAAAUCCCGCUGCUGGCAUCGAUAUCGCGGCUACCAGCGAUGCUGAGUAUGACAGCGAUGCGCACUGCAUUCAAACCCCUCAAAUUACCGAGCGUGUCACAUGUGGUAUAACCGGUGUAGCCAGCAGUCCUAUGAGAGUCUUAUCAAGUGUUGACAGCGCCGAAGGUUCCUUAGAACUCAGCCAUGAUAUACUUCCAAAAGGUUUUGAUGGAACCACGUCCACAACUUCGGAUGACGCGCCCGGCUUUGGAAAAAAUGUUCCCGCCAGCAAUUUAGAUCUUGAACUGGCAGAUAGUGCAGGAUUUGGUAAAUUCGACACAUUCGAGAGCGGUUUCAAGUCACAUCUCCAAGCCGUAUCCCGGAGGCUAACACGGCCGUUUAUUCCUGGUUCGUCAAACUUUCCAGCAGAUAUAGGGAAACCUGUAAGCGGUAAAAAUAUCGAUAGUGCACCUCUUUUUGAAUCAUCCUUGUCCAGAUUCUCAUGGGAGUCCGAUCCAGCUCGCACAAACGACCUUAGUCCCAUACCCGUGCUCCAGGUCGAGCUAUCCCAACUGAAAGCCCACUACGAAGCUGAUGUGCCUAGUAGAAUGGCAUCAGCUCAUAGUGGGUCCUUUCCUCUGCUUCACAAAACGAGCCCACAAAGAACGUCAAGCGCUGACAGACAAAGCUCCUCUGGUUGGCAGGCUAACAACAAAUAUCGCGCUCAGAGCAGAUUCAUCGAGAGUUUCGAUGGUAUACGUUCUAGUAGUGCUAGUGAUCCUGUCAUUCAGAACUGCAAUUCUGGCCAACAAUACAUGAGAACGAGAAGUGUUAGUGAUGGAUGGAUUUCUGAUGGCAAGCGCCAGGGUUAUGGCUUCCAUUUUGUCGCGGAGGAUGAUGGCAAAUCUCCAAGUUCAGAAACAAACAAUCCAUCAUCGGAAACUAAACAAGAACCCACCCUCAAUUCUGAUCUGCGUGAUCUAGUCAAGCUCUCAAGGAGCGAAAGAAAUCUAGAAUGUUCUUCACGAGCUUCCAGUGAAUCAACCGCCGUCGGCAGACAACAUGGAGGCGAGAAGUCGGACGAUAAGGGAGCCCGGGGCAUUCUCGGUUGUGAGAAAUUUGAAUCCCAAAUGAACUCAAAAGAGUCUCAAAAGAUCCCAUCAGAUUGCAAUGGGAGUAACAAAGGGCUUUUCUCUCAGUGGGCUAGGUUUCCAAGCCACUCUAAGGCUGCAAGAAACGAAUCUGCUGGGCGUUCCGAUAAUGUUGUGGCUCGUGACUUUGUACCCACGGAUACGCCCAAGGCAAGCCAAAACAUAAACCCCUUCCCGUUACCGAAGAUUGCACACGAUAAAACUGAUUCACUGCCUGCCAUUAAAAGAGGUACAGGGUUGUUCCACUGGUUACAUCGUUCCGAUAGCCUUGACCGCAGACGAUACCGAGCAGGACAUAGGAAAGAAACCUCUAGAAGCGACGAUUUGAAGGACCCAGAUCUGGAAAUUAUCCCUGGAGGACCAACUGGUCGACUUGUUCUUGAGCAAAUUGGAGACUUCAGAGACGAAACUAAGCGGCAAAAGCUGCGUCUAAACGCUCGGGAAUCGAGUGAGAGAGUAAGUGAACAACAGACUCCCUGGAGCAAGGUCGAGCAUCCCUCCCCUCUGGGAUCUCAUCCACCAGGUCAGCUGGGUUUCUCUACUUUCGAUGGGAGCGGUAUGGACGCGUCGAUGGAGCCAUGGUCUGCAGACAUCUGGUCACGUUUGUACGAGGAUUGUAUAGGGGCAUUCUCCGAUGACGGCGAGGUUACGUUUGAGCCUGGAUCGGAGAAAAGUCCUGAGAAGGCCCCGAUUGAUAAACAAAGGCACGAUCAGGCGUCAACUAGCAUAGAUCUCCGCAGCUCAACUGCGGAGUUCAAAGAGGAGCAACUUUUGAAUGAAGUUGGCUCGAAGGAUGGUCUAUUAAAGCUAGUUGAGCAGGCAUGGGGAGGGAAAUAGUUAUCAUCGAUGACUAUUCUGUGUAAGACCUAAACAUCCGAGAGUUUUCGUGAUUCGAUUCGGGUAUGGAGGUUUGCUAGGGUGUUUGGAAGCGUCUUUAGUUCGAUGUCGGGUUUAGAAACACUCAGUCCUCUCUAGUAUCGUUCCUUUUUAUAUCAGCCCUUCUAUAAAUACACGAGUUGGAAUGUAUGCCCCUAUUUUUGGCCCCUCCUAUAUCGCACCUUUCAUCCAUUCAUCCAUCGAUAGAUUUUGUUUAAGGAGAAAUCUGAUUAGCGUGUUUGUACCUAACUUUUAUUCUUGGCGUAUACUAUUUUUCAAUUCCACUUCACGCCCAUUGUGAAGAACACACUGACAAUGGAGCAUGAAUCUUAUACUAAUUGUGCCGAAUAUGUCAAUUCACGACAAAUAUACACCGAAAAGCAUAGCUAAGUAAUGUAGUUAAAGAAGAAUAUAAG